AUGGGAUCUAUUGGGGCAGGCAACAGCGCCAUACAGCUGCCUGUCAUCAACAUAUCAAAUUUCACUGUUGAGGUUGGUAAGAAAGUAUUGGAGGCUGCUACUACAUUCGGCUUCCUCUACAUCGACACCAAUGGCACGGGCUUCAGCGAGAGCAUGGUGGAUCGCGAAUUUGCAUUUUCGCGCCAUUUUUUUGCCCUGCCUGAAGCAGAAAAAGAGCUUUGCCGGAUUGACAACACGAAUCGUGGCUGGACAGGAAUGCAUGGCGAGAUCCUCGACCCCAAGACACAGCGCAAAGGCGACUUCAAGCAGGCAUUUAACAUUGGGGAGUUCCUGGACGGAAAGCCACAACAGCCUAUGCCCAAGUUUCUCGAGAGCCAUAUUGAUAAGCUGGCCGAGUUUGAGAGGACGUGCAAGCAAGUCUGCGAUCGAGUCCUAGAUCUUCUGGGGCUGGGACUCGAAGUUGAAGAGCCCAACUUCUUCUCAUCACGGCACACUCAACCCAGUGGAUGUACUGUCCGCCUGCUACACUAUCCUGCCAUCCCCGCUGACGUGGACUAUGAACCGAAAGUCGAUGUCAGAGCUGGUGCCCACUCCGACUACGGGAGCAUCACCUUGCUGUUUCAGCGCCCGUCACAACCAGGCCUACAAAUCAGAACCCCAGAGGACACUUGGGCACCUGUUCCCGUUAUCCCUGACGGAUAUCACUCGACGACAUUCCCGCCUGUUCUCGUCAACAUUGCGGACUUGCUAUCAUACUGGACUAACGGAAUAUUAAAAAGCACGGUCCACCGAGUUAUCUUCCCCCAGGAUGCCAGAAGGGGAGGUGAGGAUCGGUACUCAAUAGCGUAUUUCUCACACCCCGGGGACGACGUCGAGUUGGCACCUGUGCCAAGCAAGCUGGUAGAGCAGUACAAGCUGGACGAAGACAAGGAGGUGGGAUAUGGAGGGGGAGCUACCAGCAAACGAGCAAUGACGGCGAAAGACCAUCUUUUGUCUCGUCUGAAUGCGACGUAUGGAUUCAGAGGGGCGCAGACCAAGGAGAUUGACAGCACUGCAUAG